AUGUCGUUGCACAGGCAUCAGUCAUCCCUUGAAGGGAUCCUGGAUUUUUUGGAGCCCUUUUCGCUUACUCCACAACAGUCUAGUUCAGCAAAGAGCCUCCUUGAUAUGCUCGUCAAGGAAUAUGGCCUCGAUCGAGAAAUAGAAAAUAGAUACAAGCCUGCUAAAUUGAUACAUGUCACGCUAGAGCAUGUCUUUUCAAAGGACUCAUUCUUAACUCUUUUCUUCACAUUUCUGCAUGAGAAUUUGACUGGUGCUACGUCUGACAUUACGUUGGCACUAUCAUACUUCGAGGAUAUCAGUUCAUGGGAGCCAACCGCGCGAAACGAUGUGAUGAGUGCUCUUGAAAAAUUUGCACAAUACAUGGUUACCCAGUUCUUUCUUCCACUUAGAGCAUCAUCCGUCAAGACACCGCAGCCGACACCCACCUCAUUAUCCACGAUACAAGCGUCGACCCCUACUGGCACAAAACAGCGCAUAUCUGUCUUGAGACACGAUUGCCUCAUUCGUGAUCACCAUCGAUGUAUUGUGACUCGAAAAUUUGACAUUACAGAAGCUAGACGACGCGUUGCGCUUGACAAAAAUUGUACAGAUGAUGAUGGCAGGCUCCUUAAAACAGAGCGACGUGAUAACUUCCAGUAUCUAGAAGUUGCCCAUAUACUGCCACAUUGCCUAACAAAAGUUGCUUCUGAGGAUGAAGAUCUGACUGAAUCGAAGAAGAUCGUACUCCGGAUUCUGGACAUGUUCGAUCCCGGCAUUACUCACUUCAUCGAUGGCCCGAAGAUCGACAGCCCAUCGAACGCUCUUACACUAACCAUUGAUAACCACCGGCUCUUUGGUGAAUUCAAGAUAUACUUGGAGCCUACAGGCGGAGCGUAUGAAUACAGGAUUCAUUCCACCGAGGAUGAUUUUCUAAGCGAUCCCUUUUUUCCUGUUACUCGCACCCUGAUGCUCAGUCCCAACCGUACAAUAGACCCCCCGUCUCCUCGGCUUCUCGGCAUUCAUCGUGCCAUCUGUCUUAUCCUUAAACUAAGCGGUGCCGCUGAAUAUAUAGAGCACGUCCUUCGGGACUUGGAGCUGGUGACAGUGGAAGCAGAUGGGUCUACACAUGUAGGGGAUAUAGUGAGAUUACGAAUUGAUGGCUGGAUUGCUGCAUUCUAG